AUGGGUCAAGCGAAUAGCACUACAACAAAAAGUGAUCUCACUUUUGGUUAUGUCUCUGUGCCUCCCCGAAGAAGAAAAUCAAAACGUACCACCACCAACAGCAGCGACGAUCUCAUCUCAUCACAAAGCCAUUAUGAUCUUUUGAUAUCAAGUCCACAAUUAUAUGCGUUAUCAGCAUCUCCUACUAGUAUUAGUGAUGGAGAUACAUUACUCGAGUCAUCGCCCUCUUCUUCAUCUACCACUAACAAUACAUGCUCGGGAACAAUGACAACCAAUCUUGACGAUGAUUGGGAGCAGCUUCAGCAUGUCAAAGACGUAUCCUAUAUCGAUGAAUCCUAUUACGAUGAUCAGCUAUUCAAGUCAACUCGUCAUGAACUUGUUCAUGAUGAUACGUGUUUCAAUGGCUACUGGUGGGAAAGCCAAGAUCUACAUUCUCACAAGCAAAAAUGUAUGCAAAAGCGAAGAGUGAGAUGCAUGGAUGUGUAUCGUUGCAUGGAUCGGGCAAUGCUGCAUAUGGAUCUCUGCAAUCGUCGGUUCGCUAGUAUUACAGCUAAUAUUGCAUGCUUUAAUUCGAUCAAGCGACUGGACCUGUCCUAUAACGAGCUCACAUUUUUGCCAGAUGAAAUCGAAGCAUUAUGUCAUUUACAAUAUUUCAACAUUUCACACAAUCAUCUGACAUCCCUUCCCAACACCUUAUGCAACCUUACCAACUUGGUCGAAUUGGAUGUAUCAUACAAUCGAAUCGAAGAUUUGACGCCUUGUUUACGUCGACCUGACAAUAAGAACCUUGAAAUCUUGCAUGCAUGUUCCAAUCGAAUUGCUGAUCUUCCAGCCAUGAUCUCCAACCUUACUUGCCUUGCCACUCUCAACUUGUCGCAAAAUCCACUUUAUGUUUUGCCUGCCGAAAUCGCACGAUUGACACAUUUACGUCGACUUUUGCUUCGAGAAUGCCCACUCAUCGAUCCAAAAGAACAACAAAAGUUGGCGUAUCCACUUGCGCACGAUCCACCUUCAUUAAUUGAAUGCUGUGCACGCCUCAUCAUAAAGCAGCAACUCCCUAUUCAUGAAAACCUCCCCACACAUCUUCGGAGAUACCUUGGCAAUCCCAAAUCAUGCAGUGCGUGCCGUAAUCCUUACUUUGACAGCUUUGUGUCACGCGGCCAAAUGAUUGAGAAGUUGGAUGGCCUUUUACCCUUGGAACAUCGCUUGUGUUCAGCUCACUGGUCUGAUGAAUCGGAUCGUGUGCUGGCCAUGUUCGCUAUCGAUCAACAACCCAUCCCCUACAACAAGAAUAGCCACAAAGCCGCCGUAUCAUCGAUAACAUCCACCCCAUUGAGCUCAUCCCUUAGUACUAUGCCAACAAUAAACAGCAGACAGCUGCCAUCAUCACCACCAACAAGUCGCACCAGCACCAGCAAGAAAUUAAAUCAACAUCGAUGGUCGACCAGGCUUUCAACAUUGACCCACUAUUGA